UCACUUUAUUUUCGCGGCUCCUCCCAUUUUGUUUAAUUUUUUGUUUUCAAAAAUAGAAUUUCUAAUCCUGUCUUCUUCUUCCUCCCCUCCCAUUUCAAACUUUCCAUUGAUAUUAAAAUUCCUCAACCGUUGGUUUCGGUUUCGAGCCUCCUCACAAGAUUGACCAAAACCCAAGUUUCGGUCACACUUUCUUUCAGCAAUAAAAGUUGACAGACAUCAUUUCCUCAAUCCUAGGAUGUUUGGAUUUUGGAAAUCCCCUGGAAAUAAUAAGAUUACCAAGCAAAGUUCAGUGGACCCACCAGGUUCCUCCGGUUCUAAUCCUUUUAAUUCGGACUCUGAGGAUGACAAGCAAACCUUUAAGCCUGCAAGACGAACUGCUUCCGAGCCAGUGCUCAUGAUCCCUGGCGGCCCUUUGGAUGAUGAUUGUAGGGGGAAGGGGACUUCGUCUUCGUCAUCGUCAUCCUCAUACUCUAAUUUGCCUGCUGGAAGAGAUAGAUACAAGAAUGAUUUCCGUGAUUCAGGCGGACUAGAGAACCAAAGUGUGCAAGAACUGGAGAAUUAUGCCGUGUACAAGUCUGAGGAGACUACAAAAAGUGUGAAUAAUUGCCUUAGGAUUGCUGAAAAUAUCAGAGAGGAUGCUACAAAGACCCUUGACAUGCUGCAUAACCAGGGUGAUCAAAUAACAAGGACCCAUGAUAUGUGUGUUGAUAUGGACAAGGAUUUGAGUAAGGGUGAAAAGCUUUUAAAUAAUCUUGGAGGAAUGUUCUCUAAGCCAUGGAAACCAAAGAAGACCAAAGACAUCACGGGACCUGUGAUCACAGCAGAUAAUCCAUCCAAGAAAAGCGAGAACCACAAAGAGCAGCGGAAGAAGUUGGGUUUGGUCCCCAAGGGAUCUUCAGCUCCUCGAACACCUCCUCCCGAACCAGCAAAUGCCCUGCAGAAAGUCGAGGUGGAGAAAACCAAGCAAGAUGAUGCACUUUCAGAUCUAAGUAAUAUCUUGGGUGAUUUGAAGGGUAUGGCUGCUGAUAUGGGAAGCGAGCUUGACAGGCAAAACAAAGCUCUUGACCAUCUCUCUGAUGAUGUCGAUGAGCUGAACUCUCGAGUGAAAGGUGCAAAUCAACGAGCUCGACAUUUGCUUGGGAAGUAAGACAAGAAACAUCAUAUCCAUAUAUUUUCCUCGCGUGUUUUUUUUUUUCAGCUCAUACAUCAGACAUUGCUUUCCUUAUGAAUGACAGUUUAAUGUAAGUUUCUUCUGAAGUUGUAUACAUUCAAUAAAAGAGUUUUUUUCUUGACCA